UUCAAAGAUUUAUUGGCUGUAGAUCAUCAAGAGGGACUUGCAGUGAAUAGAAAUUACAAUGGAGAUUCAAGAGCUUUUGGGUCGCUCAGCACAUUCCAUGGAAGACCUGAGGAGAAUGCGGGACUUGGUAAAAGCCAUGAGGUCAACUGAGCUCCAGGCCAUUGUUCAAGAUGGAGAACUGUUCAGCACUUGCAUCACAUUGCUCCAGCAGCAGUCAGCUUCUGAUUCCAGGGAUUCCAAAGUAGGCAUCCUGAGUGAGACCUUCUUUGCGAUGCUCGAUGUUGUACCCACAGGUGCUCUCAGUGACUCUCAACAUGAGCAACUCCAAAUAUGCCUUAGCCAUUGCUCUCCUAUUGUGAGGGAAAUGGCCCUCUGUCAGGCAAGUGGCAUUUACAUGAAACAACUACUGCAGGACCUGAGUCAUUUGGCUGAAGAUGCAAGUACAGAGACAAGGACCAGAGCUAUGAACACCAUUGCUUCUCUCCUUUCUCUUAAUGUUGAAAAUUCAAAUAAUGAGUUAGAGAACCUCACUGAAUCAUGGUUUAGGCAUCUCUCCAAGGAUCCAAUGCAAUUCUGUCUGUCCCUCUGCAAGCAACCAUUCACUGACAUUCGUACUGCUGCUCUCAAGAUUCUGCAGGUCAUUGCUUCACAGCAUUGGGGUCAAGUAUACAUUAAAAAUACACCAGGAUGCUUGGAGUAUAUACUAGACCGCCGCACAGAACAUGAGAAAGCAGGAAAGGAAGGAAAAUAUGAAGUUGUGUCAUCAAUUGUCUCCAGCCCUACUGCCCUUACUGUGUUUGGAACAGAAAUGUUGUUGCCUCUUCGCAAGUACGAGAGAGAAGGGCCCUUCUUCAUUGCACCUGAUGUCGACAUAGCUUUUGAAGGUGAUGGAAGUUGAAGCAAGAAUGAAAGAAAUGAUGUUAAUGCCAUGAAAUGUGGUUUAAUUUUUCAAUAAAAAAAGAACCAAGAAUUUAAA